AACUCUACCUGCACGUAACUGAGGACAAAAUCCGGUUUCAAGAACCAACAUGCCGCACUUCUGCUCCAAUUGCGAAGAAUUCAACGCGACUCUAGCCUGUUCGGCCUGCAAAUAUACCUACUAUUGCUCCCCCGAAUGUCAACUGGAAAAUUGGAAGAUCCAUAAGAAAGGCUGCAAGAUACAGCAAGAGAUAAACAAAUUUGAGGCAAAGCAGAAGGCCGAGCCACCUAAGCGUCCUGCCAAAGGCAAAUGUACAGGUUGCGGCGUGAAGUUCUCUGAAGACUACUCCAUCAGCGAAGAAUGCCCUGACUGUGGCUACCAAGCUUGCGAAUGUUGCGUCUCCCAUCACUCUAGGGGAACUUGCUAUUGCCCGAACACGAACUUCGGUAGACACUAUUGUCAAAUGGAUCCCGCUUGGUACCAUGCAGAUGGUCGUACUGGUGCUUCGUACACUAGCGAUCGGCACCCUGAGCCAUUUCUCACCAGAUACCCUGAUGAGGUAUAUGAAACUGAACCAAGGGCUUGUACGAACUGUGGUGAAGUCACCAGGGUUUUCAAAAAGGAGUUCUGCGCUGUUGGUGCAUUCCGUUGAAGCACAGGGCUCGCCUAUUGAGACGCGGCUCAACAACAUACUCCUCUACAUUAUGCAUUCUUGGUCUCGUAUGCCGCUCCCGACUGCAUUGUGUAAUAUCUAGACGAUAUCUCGGGUCAAUGUGGGUCUUUCCCCCUCAGCAUCCGGCCUUGAACUGGAGGAUCAAUGCUUCAUCCACGGAGCAAAACUGGCCAUUGAUGCCAACCUUCAGGGUCACCCCUUAACGCUAUGCAUUUUAUGCAAGGCAUGACGAAUUCGUGAUCAUGUCAUUUUUUGUACCAAACUUCUUGAUUUCGUUACAACGCUCGCUGUGAUAUACGGGUACAAACAUAUGAUAGUAGCACAACAGCUCUACAUGUUUCUUUGAUGUGUCCAAGUCUAAACUCAAUAACUG